AAAAUCCGGAGGAGGAGGAGGCGUGAAAGCGCUGGAGGAAGCUGGACCUCAGGAUGUAGCCCUGCGAGGAGCGGCUCCCCGGCAAGGGGACCCCGCAGGGAUCAUCCGGCACAAUGAGGAAGUUCCGGGCAAGGUUCUGACACCAUGAAGGGCUAUCAUGGGGAGCGCAGCCAAUCACAGAGCUCCACAGGGCACCCGUGUCACUGCAUCCCAGAGGACUGUGACCAGCCCCUGGACUACAUCCGCCACAGCCAGGAAUCCAGGCAGCCGUACCUCCUCAGCCCCAGUGAGCCUUGUUCUUUGGAUCACCGCUACUGCCCCUCUCGGAGCCCCACUGAGUGCCCAGGCGGGCCGAUGAGCCUGACCGAGCCGCUCUCCACCAGCAGCAGCAGCACCUUCCCCAGGAUGCACCACACGCAGCAGCAGUACGACUCCUGCGACGAGUGCAUGGCGGCCACCCACCCCUCCAGCAAGAUCAACCGCCUGCCCCCCACCCUGCUGGACCAGUUUGAGAAGCAGCUGCCGCUGCACCAUGAUGGCUUCCACACGCUGCAGUACCAGCGGGCCAGCACCACGGAGCAGCGCAGCGAAAGCCCCAGCCGCAUUCGCCACCUGGUCCACUCCGUCCAGAAGCUCUUCGCCAAGUCCCACUCCCUGGAGGCCCCGGCCAAGCGGGAGUACAACGGCACCAAGAUGGAGGGCCGGGGGGAUGGGUAUCACCAUCACCACCAGCACCACCAGUCCCGGCACACCAAGCGGAGCAAGAGCAAAGACCGCAAGCUGGACUCCCGGCACCGGCCCAAGAUGAUGGGCUGGUGGAGCUCUGACGACAACCUGGACAGUGACAGCAGCUACCUGGUGUCCGGCCGGCACGCCGUGGACCAGGGCACCCAGUACUGUGUGGAUGCUCCUGAAAGUGCCUUCAGAGACUUGACCUUGAAGAGUCUAAAAAGCGGGGGGGAGGGCAAGUGCCUGGCCUGCGCUGGCAUGUCCAUGUCGCUGGACGGCCAGACGCUGAAGAGGAGUGCCUGGCACACCAUGACGGUCAGCCAAGCCCGGGAGGCGUAUCCCAGCUCGGGAGGCAGCCAGGAGAAAGCCUUGGUACUGCAGGAGGCAAAAGCCAAAGACAGAGGCUACCAUUACCUUCAGGUGCCGCAGGACGAGUGGAGCAGCUACCCAGCGGUGGGGAAGGACGGCGAGAUCCCCUGCCGGCGGAUGCGGAGCGGCAGCUACAUCAAGGCCAUGGGGGACGAUGACAGCGGCGACUCAGAGGCCAGCGCCAAGGUGUCUCCCAAGGGCUUGUUCCGGCGAGAUGGCUACCGCCGCUCCUCCAGCGUAGACCAGGCCAGGACCAAGUUUGCAAGUAGGCACUAUUCUGAUUCAUAUAUCUGUAACUGUCCCAGCUGCUGCACCCCGCCCAGACUGCACCCUCGGGGACAGGGCUACGGACGCUCCUUCACCACCGGCCAGAUCAACGAGGAGCUGAACCACCAGUUUGAGGCGGUCUGCGAGUCUGUCUUCGGCGAGGUGGAGUCCCAGGCCGUGGAGGCCCUGGACCUGCCUGGCUGCUUCCGCAUGCGGAGCCACAGCUACCUGCGGGCCAUCCAGGCAGGCUGCUCCCAGGACGACGACUGCCUCUCGCUCUUCUCCAUGUCUGUCCCGCCCAGGCCAGCCAUCACCAGCAGCAUCCUGAAGCCCAGCACCUCCUUCAGUUACAGAAAAGCACCGCCUCCCCUCCCUCCAGGAAUCAAAGCCAAGCCCUUGAUCUCAGUCACGGCACAGAGCAGCACUGAAUCCACCCACGAGAGCUACCUCCCCAGCGAGGUCACCCGGAGCCCCUCGUGGUCCAAAGACGCCGCGGCUCGCUGCAACUCCACGGAGAGCUUGGAGAACUCCAAGGUGACAGCCAUCUCCUUGGAUCUGCCUCCCGUCCAGCCCCGGGGCUCUCCCAAGCCGUCCACACUCAUCAUCAAGGCCAUCCCAGGCCGGGAAGAGCUGAGGAGCUUGGCACGGCAGAGGAAAUGGCGCCCGUCCAUCGGAGUUCAGGUUGAGACUAUAUCUGAUUCUGACACAGAAAGCAGGAGCCAGAGGGAAUUCCACUCCAUCGGGGUGCAAGUGGAGGAAGACAAAAGGCGGGCCCGGUUCAAGCGCUCAAACAGUGUGACGGCCGGCGUGCAGGCAGACCUGGAGCUGGAAGGCUUCACGGGCCUGUCGGUGGCCACAGAGGACAAGGCCUUGCAGUUCGGGCGGCCCUUCCACCGGCACUCCUCAGAGCCAGAUGCAUCCAGCCGGCAGUACUCGGUGUUCAAGACGGUGCACACGCAGGGCCAGUGGGCCUACCGGGAGGACUACCAGAUGCAGUAUGACACCGUGGAGGUGCCCCGGAGGGACUCCUGGAUCGAGAGGGGCUCCCGCAGCCUCCCCGACUCUGGCAGGGCCUCUCCCUGCCACCGGGACGGGGAGUGGUUCAUUAAGCUACUGCAGGCUGAGGUGGAGAAGAUGGAAGGCUGGUGCCAGCAGAUGGAGCGGGAGGCCGAGGACUACGACCUGCCGGAGGAGAUUUUGGAGAAGAUCCGGAGCGCCGUGGGCAGCACCCAGCUCCUGAUGUCCCAGAAGGUGCAACAGUUUUUCCGACUCUGCCAGCAGAACAUGGACCCUAAUGCGUUCCCCAUGCCCACCUUCCAAGACCUGGCUGGAUUCUGGGACCUCCUGCAGCUGUCCAUCGAGGACGUCAGCUUGAAGUUCGCGGAGCUUCAGCAGCUCAAGGCCAACGGAUGGAAACUCAUCGAGCCCAAGGAAGAGAAGAAGGUCCCUCCCCCGAUACCAAAGAAGCCGCCGCGCUCCAAGGUGCACCCGGUGAAGGAGCGCUCCCUGGACUCCGUUGAUCGACAGAGGCAGGAAGCCAGGAAAAGGCUCCUGGCGGCCAAGAGAGCUGCCUCCUUCCGCCAGAACUCAGCCACCGAGAGCGCAGACAGUAUCGAGAUCUACAUCCCUGAGGCCCAGACCAGGCUGUGAACAGAACCCUGGCUUUUCUACCGCACUGUACAGAGAGAGUACAUAGCUCACUGUGAUGGCCAGGGCCCGAGCCGCAGGGACCCCCCGGGGCAGCUCUCAGCCCACUCACAGCUUCUCGACUUUUUAUCGUCUACGAUUCAUGGAUCCGACGGUGAAUGAACAUGAGCCUGGUUCUGUCCUGCCCUCGUGCCCCUCCCCGUGGGGCAGGGCUCUUCCCAGCCCUGCCUGCCCACGAGCCCCUUCCUGGCCUUUCCCCAUUGCCCUGGCCUCUCCCCAAGCCCCCUGUCUGCCCUGAAGCCUUUUCUGCCCCCCAUCUCCCCUCCUUCUUGCAGCUCCUUCCUGUCCCCUUCUCUGCACAGUCCCUGGUGGCCUCCUUUCAGAGCUCUUUGUACCUUGCUCCUUGCAGCCCCCCUCCCCUUUGUUACCCCCUCUCCUCUCCUCAUGCCCCUCCUCUUCUCCCACUUUCCCCCUUAUACUUUCCCCUCCCCUGCACCUCCAUGUAUCUUCCCCCCAUGAUCGUGCCACCUUUAACUUCUCCCAUUUCCUCAAUUCAAUGCAAACAAAGCAUCUUGCGGGGGGGAAGCGCCGCUGAGCUCCUGCCAAGUCACCAUUCCCGGCCGCCCGGCGGGCCAGCUUCCCUUGCUGGCAUGAGGCUUCGGGCCGUGGCAGGCACGAGGGGCAGUCCCUCCACGCACCCCGACCACAGUUCGGUCCCAUCCCUGCCUCUCGCUUGGGCACCUCGGGGAAUCCAGGGUCAUAGACCUAUAUACAUAUAUACAUAUAAUCGAAGGAAUAAAACAAAAACUACACAUGACCACAGCUGUGUUCCUGCUGGUGAGACUGGGAUCAGGUCAUCAGGAUAUCCAUGGCAGCAGUAAAACCAGCCCCUGCUUUCCCUACAUGUACAUCGUCAGUAAGAAUAUGCUAUGAUUUCUCUUCUUUCUUUCUCUCUUUCUUUCCCUUCCUGCAAGCGAGAAUCCUGGGCCUGCGCUGGGGUGCGUCCACUCCUCACGGGAGGCCAGGAGAAGGUCAAAACUUGGCUGGUCACUUUUUCAUCCCUCUUUGAUUUCCCCACCAGCUGCUGGUCUGACUAGAUGAUCCAGGGAGUGGAAUUCGAGGGGGAAUUUGGGGGGCGGGGGAGCAAGUGUCUUAGGAGCAGCGUUUGGAUUCUGUCUGGCAAGGGCAAGGGCUGGCAGAAGCUGAGGUCUUUGGGGUUGGUUUUUGGGUUGGAUUUCCCUGGCUGCUUUCCCCCCUCCAGUUAGACGGGGCAUAGAAACAAGCCUGGCCUUUCAAGUGACCAAUCCACCAUGCAGGGUAUUGACCCGAGCCAAGUGCAGGGCACUGGUUCUGACCCAUCUGCAUCUGGUCUAAAGACACAGCUGUCCCCAAGGGCCAGGCCAGCGGAGACGGCAGGGAAUGGCGAACGUGCCAUUGACAACCCAUCUUGCCUUAGGAGGAAGAGGAACCUGCUGUUGUGUCUCCGGGGUGUUGCCGUGCCGGCUCCUUGUGUUGUAUUUACUAUUGUUAAGGAAGGUGAGAAACCCCUUGGAGCUGUCAACCGCACAGACGGAGCUCCAGCAGGUGAAGGUACUUGGGGACGACGUUUCUGCGGACAGAGCUGGCCUGUCUGAAUGUCGGGGGGGAGGGCCUCGGGGGCCACCUGUGGGGUGAAAUGCGGGUUUGUUGUUACGUGCCACGGCUGUUCUGUAUGAUGAUCACAGAGCCUCUGUUUCGGGGCUUCUCAACCCAAGGGUCACAAACCCCUGGUGCUGAAUGGGGUGGGGGUCUCAGCCAGGUGGGAGUGGGUUCUGGUGCGGAAAAGCUGGAGAACCCCUGUGCAAUAGCAGCCGGGGCAAAAGUGACAUGGCGUUUGCUGUGCGGCCCCUUGAGCAUUGGACUGGGAGGAUUUAUUCCAGCCGGGCUGCGAUGGGGCUGGCCAUGCCGGCCCCGGCUGCCCAGCCCGUAAAGAAGCCCUUCCCCGACAAUGCAAACCAGCCGGAGCGGUAGGCACUCAGGAGUGAGCCACGCCCAUGCCAGCCAGCCCACCGCCUUUUGGUCCUUCUCCCUCCAUCACAAACGCUCCCCAGCCCCUCUCCCUGCCCCGCAGCUGCCCUGGGGGGGCUACCCAAAGCCUCCAUUUGGCUCCAGCCACCCAGCGAUGCAGCCCACGCUGUCCUCUGCUGAGGAAAGGCUUUUGGUGUCACCUGCUGCUCCCGUCCCGGGGACCCAUCUGGGCUCACAGAUGCCAAGACCGGGCCCCUCCUUCGCAGCACGGUGCCCUACCGAGCAGGGCAGCGGCCCUCGCUGCUGGCAGCCGGGCUAGGCCACAAAGAGAGUCCAGCAGGGCCAAGGCCUGGAGCCCUCACUAGGUUCAGCCUGAGUAAGGACUGGGGCAGGCCAGCAGGCAUUAGCCUUCAGUCUCUAUCGGGCCAAGAGCACCCAGGGACAGCAGCUCCCUCCCCGGUCAGUCACUGUCAUUAACGCCAGCUGGGAAAGUGAUUUGGAAAAGCAAAGCCACGGGCAAGUGGAACUGGAGGUUGCCAUGGUGGCGGGGCUCUGGCUCGUGGCCUGUUGGUUGUCACCCUGUGCCUCAUGCAGUCCUUUACCUCGCAGCAAAGCGAGCGUGAAACGCGGCCAUUCCGUUCGGUGGCGCCUACCCCCGCUUUGCACUGGUGUAAAAGAUGGGCCCUGGGGCAAUGGAGGAUUGGGACCCUGCUCUGUUCAGACCACCUCAGUGACGAUAACCUCCAGCAGGUGCACCGGCUCCCUAACCGCCGGCCCCCCUGGGAGGCAGGGUAAGUGCCACUCUCCUUAGUGGAUGGGGAAAUGGAGGCACAGGGAGCUCAGGGGCACGACUCCUAAGCUCCCAUCUGUCACUGGAGACAGACCGAAGACAUGAAUGUGGGUCUGCCCUUCCCCAGGCUGAGUUCCUGCUCGUGAGAGUGGGAGGGGCAGAUGGGAUUCGCAUUACAAGAGCCCCCUCUUCCAUGGGCAUCCCAUCCUCCAUGGUACCGCAUUAGCAGUGCCCUGUCCUCCCGGGUAUCAUGAGGGAUGUCCUCACAUGCAUGCUACAUUAGAGGAGUGCCCUCCUUCUUCUGGCAUGGCUGCCAUCGUAGCUUUCUUCAGAACCCACUUUAGUGCGUAGCCAUCACCCCUGACAGCAUGUAGAUGAAUAGUGCCUGGGGAGCCUGCUAUCCACGGCCCCCUCCGCACAUCGUUACCUGCACACAAGCCAAAGGUAGUGCUGCACACUCCUCAUAUUACCCACCAUGCUCACCUUCUCCACCAGGCUGAGUGUGCAGAAUGGGGGGAGGGGGGGUGAUUUCAGAUGAGGCGGUAGGGAGAUGGGGCAUGAACAGAGGGGCCCUGUAGGGUGGGUACUCGCCAGGGAUGUGGAGAUCAGAUGGUCCAAGUGUUACUAUGAGCCCCCUGCUGGUUCUCAUGGACCGUCUUUCCCCUCCUUUUCACUCAUUCUGCUCCCAGCCGUGCAGACCCCUCCUUCCACCCAAAGCACAGUCUGUUCCACCUGCCCUGACGUCCGUAAGGCUGGGGAGCAGAGAGUUCACCCACUGAGCCUGGUGUCCUGCCCUGGGAAAACGGGGUUGCCAAGUCAACCACUCUGAAAGUGCAAGGUAAAAACUCAGUGCUGCCUUCUCACUUGUCCCUCCUUCCAACUGGGGAGCCCCCUGCACUGUGAAACCCUUCAAGGGGACCCCCCUCUUCUCGCCACCCCAUGAUUGUACCAGCUCCUGCUCCCUGCCCACUCAGCUGUCUUGGAGACGCCCUGAUUCAGACAUGAAGAGGGGAGGAAAGAGCCCAAGAAGAGUGGCUAAAGGGGCAGCAAGGGAAGGAGCAGAGACACCAGCCACAGCCUAGACGGCCAGAUCUCUAGGGCAGGGACGGUCUUUUUCAUGAGCGUACAGCUCCUAGCACUGUGGAGGCCCCGAUCCCUGACUGGGUCCCUCAAGCGCCACUGUAAUAAUCGCCAAUAGUAAAUUUCAGCCCACGCGGACAUCCUGCCUGGUGCAUGCUGGGAUACCUCCCUGUAGCACCUGGGACAGGUAGGAGGUACUGAGAGAUGGGAGAUUCCACAAGCAUACUGGCUUGGGCAGGCGGAGGGAGGAAAGCUUAAUUCUACCAAGAGCAAUGCACCACUCACCCUGGGGCCUUUACUUCCCCCCCUUGGAUGGGAUCCAUACCAUGACGUGGUGCUAAAACCUCCCCCGGCCUCUGUUAUGUGCCUGUCCAGUUGGGAGGGCCUCGGGUUACUACAUUAAAAUAGAUGUUUAAAGGGAAGGAGGGGGGAAUCCAACCAGCAUAUUCUGGAACAGAGAAUCAUGAAAAAAAUACCCAACAGCGUGAGCUCUGGCCCAGCUGGGGGAGGGGAAAGGCAGGAGACUCCUUGGUCAGCAUCCAAUACUCUCUGAACGCUGCUGUUACCAUCCUGGCCAGGAAAGCAACCAUCAGCUCGGUUCACCUGUCCUCUGCCUCCGUCCACACUUUAGUUCUUAGCAAUGUGCCUGGAAGAGGAAGCCCUUCCACUUGUAAGUUCUGUAAGACAAACCAUGCUAUACAGUGACUGUGACAUGUGGUUUCAUUUUUAUUGUAACAAACUUAGCCGUACUGUAAUAAAGACGACUCUUUGAUUACUCUGGGCCUGGCACCAUUCUCCCAGCCGGUGCUAGUCUCACCUUUGACCCUU